UGAACGCAUCAUCAGCCUCCAGGAGCCUGGGUGUGUGCAGCCAGUCACACAGCUUCAGCUCAGAGCCUGACAGAGAAACAUCAGAAACAUCUGGAUCCAGCUGUGCCUGUCAGCUGUCACUUCGCUUCUGUAUUCUACUCCGGUGGACGGACUGAACAUGGGACGCUGUUCAAGUUAGCUUUUUUUUUAAACGAGGACACGAAUAACCGGGUGCUAAAACUACCAGGUCGAGCCUCCAGUCGCCCAGUUUACUGUCAGAAAAGUGACUCAGGAGCAGAGAGGGGGGGUGAAAUGCAGACUUUCCUGAAAGGUCGCAGAGUCGGCUACUGGCUCAGUGAGAAAAAGAUGAAGAAACUGAACUUCCAGGCUUUUGCUGAUUUGUGCAGGAAACGAGGAAUCGAAGUUGUUCAGCUGGACCUCAGCCAGCCUCUAGAGGACCAGGGUCCGCUGGACGUCAUCAUUCACAAACUGACCGAUCUCAUGCUGGAAGCUGACCAGAAUGAUUCACAAGCAGUGCUGCAGCUGCAAAGAGUACAGGACUACAUUGAUGCCCACCCUGAAACCAUAGUCCUGGACCCUCUUCCAGCCAUCCGAACUCUUCUGGACCGCUGCAAGUCCUACCAACUCAUCCACAGGAUAGAAAGAUGCAUGCAAGACGAGAGGAUUUGCUCUCCUCCAUUCAUGGUCCUGAACACGGAGUGCAGCCCAGAUGUUCUGGAGCAAAUCAAGAGGCAAGGUCUCACAUUCCCCUUCAUUUGUAAAACACGGGUGGCUCAUGGCACCAACUCGCAUGAGAUGGCAAUCAUCUUCAGCGAAGAAGAUCUGAAGGAUGUGAAGCCUCCGUGUGUGAUCCAGAGCUUCAUCAACCACAAUGCGGUCCUCUACAAGGUGUUUGUGGUGGGAGACUCUUACACUGUGGUGGAGAGACCCUCCCUGAAGAACUUCCCCUCUGGACCGGCAGACAGGAAGGCCAUUUUCUUCAACAGUCACAAUGUUUCCAAACCAGAAUCGUCCUCAGACUUGACCUCGAGAGAAAACGUCGAGGGGGUGUCUCAGCCACCCAAUGAUGACGUCAUCAGGGAGCUGUCCAGGUCGUUGCGACAGGCGCUGGGCGUGUCUCUGUUCGGCAUCGAUGUGAUCAUCAACAACCAAACAGGACAACACGCGGUCAUUGAUAUCAAUGCAUUCCCUGGUUAUGAGGGCGUCCCGGAGUUUUUCAACGACCUGCUGAACCACAUAAGCAGCGUGCUCCAGAGCCACAACCCUGACUUUGUCCCCGCCGGCGAGCAGCCCAAAGGCCUGCCGGUGAGCCCCACGGUGCCCAGCUCCACCCCGCCGUCGUCGGGCGGCUGCUGCAGCAGCAGCAUGCGGGGCAAAGAGCUGCAGAGACUGGGCUGCAACUCGGCCGUGUCUCCAAACUUUCAGCAGCACUGCGUCUCCACGAUAGCUACCAAGGCUUCCUCCCAGUGACUCCACCCCACCCCCCUCUCCUCUUCUCGGCUUAAUGCCCGAACAAACCGAUUAACGUGGUGAUGAAAAUAAUAAUAAUGAUUAAUAAUAAUCAAAUUAAAUAUGAUGUUAAUAUGUAUCUAAUCAGAAAUAAGCAUUUUUCCUAUAUAGUUACUGAAAAUAUUGGUGAUUGGGUGUAAGCUUUUUUUUUCUCUCUACCUUUUUUGUGUUUUUGUUUUGUCUAAUGAGACUUUAACAGUACUGUAAUGUGAACUCUUGGGAAAUCUCCCCUAACAGCUGAUUUUUUCUUUUUUUUUUCUCUUGUGUGAGAUUUCUGUCAUAAAAAGGGUCCAGAUGAGGUAGCUAAUUUAAAGAUUAUAUAUUAAUCCAGACUUGAGAAAGCCUCACCACUAAAUGUGCAAUGUACGACUCACACCAAAACAUUUCCACGCAGGCAGAUUUCCGCUGUGACAAACCGCGCCGGUGAGGCGUGUUUGUGUUCUGGUUGAAACCACUGAUGGCGCCGGGGAAGUCGGGGCGGCGAAGGCGGCCGKGGCAUUUUGAAGGGGACUCCGCAGAUCUCAGGCCGAAGACAUCGGGAUCAGAUCGUUUCAGAGCAAACACGAGCUGUUUUAUUUUUCUAAGUGCCAUCAAUUUUACCUUGUAAAAAAAACUAUUUUCAACAGUUUAAAUUGGAGGGAAAAAAGGAGAAUCUUUGACCAAGUUUGGUUUAAUUUUUGCUGCUUUCACAUGUUCAAAUCUUUGUUUUUGUCAGGUGCCAGACGUUUGCUGUCCAGCAAACAAACAUCCUUUUGGUUUUAGUUUGAGGAUCACAUUCCCCUUCUUUCUUUCUUUUUUUCUUUCUGUUUUUUGAAGAAAUCGCACAAUUUUUUUUUUUUUAAUAUUCCAGUUAGGAUUUACUGAAACUUCUCACAUCCCCUCACGAGUUUGUCUUCUUAAACAGAGCAUCUUUCAGAUUUUAAAUCUCUAAUACAAUGAGGCAAACUUAAUUAACAAAUCCAGAGCUGCUGAAGAACUUGUCACCUUUUUUGAAUAAAGUUUUUGUAAGAAAUGCGUAGGUUGUUUAAGAACACCCACAGAAGCCGCCUGUUGAACAAUGUUGUGAUCAUUAUGUAAAUGUUCACACUAAAGCACUUCCUGUUCAUCAAGUCAACAGUAAAGUGGGUUUAUUCGCUUUGAGCUCAGAUCUUUGACCCGUUUUCUCUUCCAGCUGCUGUAUUUGUCACUUUUUGAAAAAAAAAAGUGGAAGGAGGUCCAGCUCUUGUUCCGUGUUCACUGUGAGAUUUUUUUUUUUACUUCAAUUUAAUACUUUAAGUCUUGAACAUCUAUAAAGAGUAACUUUAUUUUUAAUGAGAUUUUAUGGGGGGAAAUGUUUUAUAUAAAUGAUAUUGAAGCCGUGCUGUUUUUGGAACCAGUGGAUAUUUUACUGGAUGGAUGGUAAAGUGGGUGGUUAACAGGACGAACAAGCUUGUGAAUCUAAAGGAGUAUCAGCCUUCUGUUUAUACAGAUUAUAUUUCUCUGAGCCUGCUUCUCUCCCCUAUAAUCCCAUUGUCUUUUUUUUAUUACAUCCUUAAAGGACAAUUAAUUCUGAAUUAUAAAUAUGACUGUGGGAACUCUACCCUACUCUUUUUCCACCUAAAAUCACCUAUUUUACAUGAGGCUAAACUUGACAGCAGGUUCAGAAUUUGGGCAUGUUUAGAUUUGAAGGCUGGUGUCUCUGCACACCACUAUCCUGUGUCCUUUCUUCUUCUAAACGGUUAAAUAUUCUUACCAGUGGAAAUUUGCAACCCAGACAGUGUCGUUUCCAGCUUCCACCUGAAUGUUUACUUCUUGGGUGUCUUGUAAAAUGUUUAUAUGCGCCUAGGCUUGCAUCCAUCCAUCCGUACAGUAUGUUUUGUAUAAGUUCUGUAAUUAAGAAUUCACAAUUUGGCCCUUUUUUUAAUUAAAAGGGCAAAUUCAUUCAAAAAUAAACAUGUAAAACCUC